UGGGGUUUAUUCGAGUGCUUGUGAUCAUAGUGUGUUCACAGAUGGCCUGCCGGACAAGUUUUCAAUGAAUAUUCUAGGUCUUUACAGUCAAAUGCCCAAAUUUACGGCAAUUAUGGAUAUAAUUCGUUUGUUAUGGAUAAUACGGAUUGUGUGGGCUGUUGAAGAUGUGUUGAUGGACUCCACGACGGCAACGGCAGAGCUGGGCUGGACGAUAUAUCCAUCAUUGGGGUGGGAAGAGGUGAGUGGCUACGACGAGAACAUGAACACCAUCCGCACCUACCAGGUGUGCAACGUCUUCAACGCCAACCAGAACAACUGGGUGCGCACCAAAUACAUCCAGCGGCGGGGAGCCCAGCGGAUCCACGUGGAGAUGAAGUUCUCCGUGCGAGACUGCAGCAGCAUCCCAAACGUCACCGGCUCUUGCAAGGAGACUUUUAAUCUGUACUACUUUGAGUAUGACAAGGACGUAGCCUCCAAGGUGUUUCCCGCCUGGAUGGAGAACCCUUGGAUCAAGGUGGACACCAUUGCGGCCGACGAGAGUUUCUCCCAGGUGGACCUUGGCGGCCGUGUGAUGAAGAUCAACACGGAAAUACGCAGCUUCGGGCCGGUGUCCCGUAAAGGCUUCUACUUGGCCUUUCAGGAUUACGGAGCAUGCAUGUCGCUCAUCGCCGUGAAGGUUUUCUAUCGCAAAUGCCCCCGAGUUAUUCGGAAUGGGGCCAUCUUUGAGGAGACCUUGUCGGGUGCGGAGAGCACCUCUCUGGUGUCCGCCCGGGGCACUUGUGUACCUAAUGGAGAGGAAGUGGAUGUUCCCAUUAAACUGUACUGCAAUGGAGAUGGGGAGUGGCUGGUACCUAUCGGGCGCUGCGUGUGCAAGGCCGGGUAUGAGUCUGUGGACAACGGGACCAUGUGUAGAGCAUGUCCUUCUGGGUCCUUUAAAGCAUCUCAAGGGGACCAGCAAUGUCUCCAGUGUCCCAUCAACAGCCGCACCACUAACGAGGGCGCAACCAACUGUGUGUGCCGCGGUGGAUACUACCGUGCGGACUCUGACCCUCUACGGAUGCCCUGUACCACGGUUCCGUCAGCGCCCCAGAGAGUGAUUUCUAGCGUGAACGAGACGUCCCUGCGGCUGGAGUGGGAUCCGCCGAAGGAGAGCGGAGGCCGGGAGGACGUGGUCUAUAACAUCAUCUGCAAGAGCUGCGGUUCGGGUCGAGGGGCCUGCACUCGCUGCGGUGACAACGUGCAGUUCGUGCCCCGUCAACUGGGCCUGACCGAUCCGCGGGUCCACAUCAGUGACCUGCUGGCCCACACGCAGUACACGUUUGAGAUCCAGGCUGUGAAUGGAGUGUCAGACCAGAGCCCCUAUUCACCUCAGUUCACCGCUGUCAACAUCACCACCAACCAGGCCGCUCCAUCUGCUGUGUCAAUCAUGCAUCAGGUCAGCCGAACCGUGGACAGUAUCACAUUGUCCUGGUCCCAGCCGGACCAGCCCAAUGGAGUCAUUUUGGACUAUGAGCUGCAAUAUUAUGAGAAGAAUAUGGCAGAGUCGAACUCCUCUCUAAUGCGGAGUCAGACUAACACGGCAGUCGUCCGCGGACUGAAGCCGGGUACCAUCUACGUGUUCCAGGUGCGGGCCAGAACAGUGGCGGGCUUUGGACGUUUAAGUGGGAAGAUGUACUUCCAAACAAUGACUGAAGAGGAGUAUAACUCCAGCCUGCAGGAGAAACUGCCCCUCAUAAUUGGAUCUGCUGCUGCUGGUGUUGUUUUUCUCAUCGCUGUGGUUGUGCUCGUUAUUGUCUGUAAUCGGAGAGGCAGUGACAGGCCCGAAUCUGAAUACACUGACAAGCUUCAGCAUUAUACAAGCGGCCACAUGUCUCCAGGAAUGAAGAUCUACAUUGAUCCUUUCACAUAUGAGGAUCCCAAUGAGGCAGUGCGUGAAUUCGCCAAGGAAAUAGACGUGACCUGUGUGAAAAUCGAGCAAGUCAUUGGCGCAGGUGAGUUUGGAGAGGUGUGUAGCGGUAAUCUCAGGCUUCCUGGGAAGAGGGAGAUUCUGGUGGCUAUUAAGACUUUGAAGUCAGGCUACACUGAGAAGCAGCGGCGGGACUUUCUGAGCGAGGCCAGCAUCAUGGGGCAGUUUGACCAUCCUAAUAUCAUCCACUUGGAAGGAGUGGUGACCAAGAGCACUCCGGUAAUGAUCAUCACUGAAUUUAUGGAGAACGGAUCACUGGAUUCCUUCCUCCGGCAAAACGAUGGCCAGUUCACUGUCAUUCAGUUGGUUGGCAUGCUGCGUGGCAUCGCAGCCGGCAUGAAAUACCUCUGUGACAUGAACUACGUACAUCGCGAUCUGGCUGCCCGCAACAUCCUGGUUAACAGCAAUCUAGUCUGCAAGGUAUCCGAUUUUGGGCUUUCCCGCUUUCUGGAAGAUGACACGUCAGAUCCUACAUACACAAGCGCCCUGGGAGGGAAAAUUCCAAUACGAUGGACUGCUCCCGAGGCCAUUCAAUACAGAAAGUUCACGUCCUCAAGUGAUGUGUGGAGCUAUGGGAUCGUAAUGUGGGAGGUCAUGUCCUAUGGAGAGCGGCCAUACUGGGACAUGAGCAAUCAAGACGUAAUAAAUGCAAUCGAGCAGGAUUAUAGGUUACCUCCUCCUAUGGACUGUCCAAAUGCACUGCACCAACUAAUGUUGGACUGCUGGCAGAAGGACAGAAACAACCGUCCAAAAUUCAAUCAGAUUGUUAACACUCUGGAUAAGAUGAUCCGUAAUCCUGGCAGCCUGAAGGCCACCACCCCUCUCUCUUCAGGCGUACAUCUACCUCUGCUGGACCGCAGCACACCAGACUUCUCCAGCUUCAGCACAGUGGAUGAAUGGCUGGAUGCCAUCAAAAUGGGCCAGUACAAGGAGAACUUUGCCAACGAAGACCUCACUACCUUUGAAGCCGUGUCUCAGAUGACUAUGGAUGACAUUCUGAGGGUGGGAGUCACACUAGCAGGCCACCAGAAGAAGAUUCUCAACAGCGUGCAGAUGAUGCGAGCCCAAAUGAACCAGAUCCAGUCGGUGGAGGUUUGAUUCUUAAAAGUGGAAGACGGGACCAGCCCUGUGCACACCAGACCCCUGUGAACCUCCUCACAGAAAGACGUCCCCCUGUGUCCAGAGCCCAGCAGUAGUCACUUCCACUGGGGAUGAUCAAGAACAGAUCCCCGCAAGACCGCUAUGGUCUCAAUACAGCACCAGCACACCGAAGGCAAGCUGUAGUCUUUGCAAUGGCCAAAAUUAUCCAUAAAUGUCAUUCUGGCUGCAUUUACAUGCAAGUUUAUGUUUCAGUAUUAUCUCUGACUUUGCAGUAUUUCAAAGAAACCACACAAUAGCCUCUAAUGCCUUGCCUAAUAUACCCUUUGCAUAAAAAUAAUAGCCUUUUGUAUGUAAAUUCCUUGCUCUAAGCAGCUUUCUCUAUGAAAUGUGCUACGAUUACUUGCAGAUCACCUGCUGAGUAACUAUUUUUGCUAAAAUCAACAAAUGGAAGUAUUUCUGAGCACCUUUUAGGUACAUUAGAAAAUAUUUAUAAAGUGUAGUACCUACUGAAAUAUUAGAAGAAUGUCACCUUCAUAAUAAUAGUGUUAUAUUGGGUAUACAUUUAUUCCGAGCAUAUGCAAAUAAAAGGGUUGAAAAGGUCUGUGCAUGUAAAUGUAGCCACUAUUACAUAUUAUUUUAUAAAGAUAGUUUUUGGCUGGUAAGUCUGCAAUCUCAUUAAAUGAGAUCAAAUCAGAUUUUGAAUAUACAGUAUAUGCCCCCUUUAGUCUUUGAUAUGAUUUGGUUCUCAACCAUAUUCACCAGAAAUGUAUUGACAGGAUAUAUUCAAAUUUACAAACAUUGUCUUGGUGUGCAUCUGAAAUGGACUAUGGACUAAUAGCGAGAAAAAAGGAGAAACAAUUAUACAUGUGUGAUGCUCAUGUAUGAUGAGGAAUGAUCCAUGUGAUGGAUCUUGUGCUGGCAGAAUUUGCCAAUAUGAGGACUAUUAUAGAAAUUCAACUAUGUGAAUAGUAGGCAAAGCAACCAGUACUGGUUCAGUAUGUUUCUUUUUCUUUUUUUUGUUGGUACAGAGUAAUGUGAUGAAUAUUUUUUAUGUUCUUCAUGAGUUUUAUUUAUUUGUUUUAUACUUUUUAACACCAUUACUUUCUAGUUAACCGUAUAAUCAUGCACCAGUGUUGUACUACAGAGGUUCUUGUCACAUAUCGCAUAAGCACUUCACGUGCUGAUUUCCUUACAGAGCCUGCCGACCGAAUUUAAUAGAGGUGCAUGCUGGAUUUCAUUUUGAUGUUUACUUUCUAUCCCAAUAGUAUGUAUUUUUCAUCAGAUUUCCCACAUUUUUCUUGCAUUUAUGUAUAUGUAUACAUACACAAGGUGCUUGCGAAAGUAUUCAUACUCCAUUGUUUUCACGUUUUAUGUUGCAGCCUUAUGUUAAACUGCUUUAAAUAACUUUUUUCCAACAUCAGUCUACACUCCAUACACCAUAAUGACUAAGCACAAAACAAAUUUGUGACAACUUUGCAAAAUUAUUCAAAUAAAUUUUUGUUGGGGGGUAUGAUGCGACAUCUGCAUUUGGCAAUUAUCUGCCAUUCUUCUCACCUCUUCAACUCUUAAGCUCUGUCAGCUUGGAUGGGGGCUGGCAGACAUUUUCUCCAGAAAUGUUUGAUUGGAUUCAAGCCCAGGCUGUGGCUGGGCCACUCAAGGACAUUCACAGAGUUGUCUAUAAGCCACUCUUGCUGUGUGCUUUGGCUCAUUGUCCUGUUGGAAGGUGAACCGUCCACCUAGUCUGAGGUUUCGAAUGCUCUGGACUGGGUUUUCAUUAAGGCUAUGUCUAUAUUUUGCAGUGCUGAGCUUUUCCUUUUACUCUGACGAGUCCCUCAGUCCCUGCUACCAGCACACUUUACUGUUGGGAUGGUACUGAUGAGCAGUGCUUGGUUUCCUCCAUACAUGAUGCAUGGAAUUGAGGUUCAUCAGACCAGAGAAUCUUGUUUCUCACAAUAUGAGAGUUCUUUAGGUGAUUUGUUGCAAAUUCCAAGCGGGUUCUCAUGUGUCUUCACUGAGGAUUGAGUUUGGCCACACCACCAUAAAGACCGGAUUGGUGGAGUGUUGCAGUGAUGUUUGUUCUUCUGUAAGUUUCCCAUCUGCAUAUAUGAUCAUGGAGCUCAACUAGAGUGACCAUCAGCCUCUUGGUCACCAGUCUAACCAAGCAGAAUUGAUUCUCACCUCUUCCCUAGAUCUGUGCCUUGAUGCAGUCCUGUUUUUAAGCUCUACAGGCAGUUUUUUGACCUCAGGGCUUGGUUUUUGCUCUAAUAUGCAGUUUCAGCUGUUAGACCUUUUAUUGAGAGGUGUUGCCUUUCCAAAUCAUACUCAUUCAAAUGAAUUUGCCACAGGUUAACUCCACUCAAAGUGUAAUAACAUCUACAAUUGAUAUGAAUGCUCCUGAGCUAAAUUUCAAGUGUUCCAGAAAAGGGUAUGAAUACUUAUGAAAUGGAAUCAUUUUAGUUUUUUUUUUUUUUAUUUCUAAUAAAUUUGCGAAGUUGUUACAAACCUGUUUUUUGCUUUGUCAUGAUGGUGUAUUGAGUGUAGAUUGAUGUAGAAAAAAGUUUUUCAAAGCAGCAACAUAAAAUGUGGUAUGAAUACUUUUGCAAGGCACUGUAUAUAAUUAAGUGUGCGUGUAUAUAUACAUGGUGACACUUUGCAAAUUGGGUACAAUUUACUGUCCAGUUAUGUUUUUUAAAGCAUUAUAGGCACUAAUCACGUUUUUGUAGUUGUAAAAAUUGUUAUAUGUUUGACAAACUAUUAUCUAACAAGAUUAGCAUGAAAGUAGCUAGUUUUAAACACUUUAAAUGUCUCUGUCUCUUCUUUGAAAUUUGGAUUUGACCUGUCUAACUUCAUUUUCAGGCCUUAUUUUGUACCCUAUUUGUAGAAGUUUUGCUGUCCACAUGAAAUAGUAUUAAGUUCUUGCCAUGAAUGAAGCACUGCACACACAAAAAAACGCUUAUGAAAUUGAAGAAUGUGAUGAAAGAUCGAAAGAUAUGUUUUAUAAUAACAAAUUAUGAAUUUUAACAUCAACAUGCUCCCUUAUUGGUAGUUUUGUGCAGUUUAACUGAAUUUUAGUGAUUUGGUAAAGGUCAUUUUGCCAGUAUGAAAAGACUUCACUGACCAUUUUUCUUUUUUAUCUUUGACGUUUUACACAUUCAUGACAUAUUCAGCGUUACUGUAAAGUACUUUGCAAAAUACAUGCUUGCUUGUUUGUUGUUUUCAGUAUAUACAGUGUUGGUUAAUACGCAGUUACACUUCUAGCCUGUUGCUCUUCCUGGAGCACGACACAUUUGUAACCCAAAAUAGUUGUUGAGUUGACACUUUGACACUGUGACACCGUCUCUCUUAAAGUGAAUGUGCUUCCUAUCAACUUGUUGACCGGUCUUCCACGUCUAAACACUUUACACUUGUAUAGAAAUACUCUUGUUCACUUUCUUAGGUCUGAAUCUCACAUUUUUGGUUCAAUCGCUCUCUCAACACUAACACACCUAACACCUCUUUUACCGACCUUCGCUUGUUUUCCAGUAGGCAUACUGACUUUUAAUGUGAGACAGGCUGCUGUGUCCUUUGUAAAGCUUUGCCUGAUAAACUCAUGUGCUGCAAUAUUUAGGUAAAUAUGCCCAUAUCUAUUUUCCAUGCUUUCAUUUUACAUUAAAAACUGCAUUUUUUCAGUGUUGGGCCACUUUCUAUAUGUAAAAUGUGUUGUAAGCAACAUCAUUUAUUAUUGCAAAACCAUUUCAUCUUCCCCUUUUGAUUGAAAUUUUUACUUAUUUUACAAAAGCACCACAAAUUCACUUCAUAAAGGGAAUAAAAAAAAUAAUUUCAGGCUCAGUGAACUGUCAUUGUGAUUUCAUUUUUUAUGACAACAGAGCAGUAAUCAAAAGGUUGUAUGAAAAGAAUGUACAUAUGUUAAUAUAUUAGAACAUACCUUCAUGUAUAUCUUUUUUUAAACCCUUUUUUAUUGUAAUGUGGCAUUUUUUUUCCCAUUUCACCCUCUAUUCGAUAAAAGAUCCAUUUCUUUGUGAUGAAUAUAUUACUGUGGAUUAGGCCAUGUACACGCAUACAAUAGUAUGCACACACUUUCAUUGGUAUUAAUUCGUCAUACACGCACACACACACACUGUAAUAUCCACCAUGACCACUGUGAGUGAAGCAGGAGGCUCUGGAUUUUGUAUAAAUGUACAUUUACUGUAACCCUGUGAAUGAUGUUACAGUUGAAUAAUUUGUAGUAUUGCUAUUGGUUUAUUUUCUAUGAAAGAACAUUUGUGGCCCGUUAUGUUUUUCUUCAAUAAAAUAUGGAGCAAGGGUCAGUGUCAUGGGUCAUGUGAGAAGUGUGGGUUUUAUUUAUUUUUUUUUUUUUUUAUAGAAUGAUUCUGAAGUCUAAAUGAUUAUUGUCUGUUGUUGUAUUGCUCCAGACCA